ACGUGGUGCGCACGGCGCGGCCCACCCGCCGCAUGUUCCUCGUGGACGUGAUCCGGCCGCCGCCCUCCACGGCCGACCCGCUACUCACCAAUGAGGUCGACACCUCGGACGACAGCGACCUGCCGCAGGUCGUGCGCGUGCUCAUCCCGGACCCCAGGGACCCCGAGUCCCAGGCCGAGCGCGACGAGGACUACGCCCCGAGGCCGGCGGACGAGGUGGCAGAUCUCGACGCCGCAUCCGAGGAGCUGACCAAGCUGCGCCCUCCCGUCCAAGACCAGCAGGCUUCUGCCGCGGACUGGGGUGCGGCCCCCGCCGCCGCCUCUGCGCCAGUCGUGAGCGCUCCAUCGGAGACCCUGCUUCCCCCGUCGGAGGGUCCCGCCGAUGUCUCCGAGUGGACGAAGCAGGCCGCCGAGCCCCGCGCGGACGAGGCCCCCGCCGCGGAGGCCGCCCAGGAGCCGUCAGACAAGCUGGAGCCUCCGAAGCACGACUCCGAGAGCACGGUCCAGUUCUGGACGCAGCUCGUCGACGCACUCAAGAUGGUCCAGGCCGACGAGGCCGCCUCUGAGAUCAAGGAGCAGGUGGCCGAUGUGAAGGAGCCCGUCACGGACCUUGUCCCUCCCGUCGUGGACUCGUCCGACCACUGGGCCCAGCCGGCCGCGGUGGCCGAGCCCAGGUCCGACGUGAACGUGGAGGAGGCCAAGGAUGCCCCGUCUGUGGCCGAGCCCGCCACCGACUUGCUCCCUCCGCCAGUUGGCGAGCCGGACGCCACCGAGUGGAGAAAGGCCUCACCGUCUGACGCUGCCCCCGCCAAGAUUACCGCCCCAGCCGUCCCCGAGCCUGCCGACUACUUGCUGCCCCCGGCCAUCGACUCCUACAUACCCAAGCAGCCCUCCUCAGGUGAAGCUGGCGCCGACGACUUCCUGGCCCUGGGCACCGCUCCCUCCCCGACCGACUCCGAGUUCGUCAAGGACCACGCCGACUCGUACCUGCCCGAGGCAGGCGAGCUCAAGGCCCUGAGCGAGGGGCCCGUCGUCGAUGACUUUCUUCUCAUCGGUCAGCCACCGAAGGUAGACUCGACGGCCGCCAAGGAGGCAGUGGAAUCGCCUACCGUGGAAUCGAAAAAGGACAGCGAGGAGGGUGACAAGGUGAGCGCCAAGGACUCGUACAUGCCCGAGGACUCCAAGGAGGACUCCAAAGAGGACUCCAAGAAGAGUGCCAAGGACUCUUACAUGCCGGAAGACUCGGAGAAGGACGCGAAGGAGGCCACUAGGGACUCGUACAUGCCAGAGGAGUCAUCGUCGUCAUCAUCAUCCCAAGAAGACGUUGACUCAAUUGGCCUCUCGCCACCUGCGGCAGGAGAGCAAGCAUCCGAGGAGAAGAGCGUCCACGACCACUCGCACGAGCACUCGCACGAGCACGUCCACGCCGUGGGCCAGGAGGACGCGGCAGCCGUUGCCGAAGAAGACGACGACGACGACGAUGUCGACGGAGAUGGUGUGAAAACGUCCGAGAGCAAGGACUUCCGCAAGAAGAGGCACAUCUGCAAGAAGUGCGGCGGCUACGGCGGCUACGGAGGUGGCUACGGCGGCGGCCUACCCUCGGUGUCCGUGGUCAUCAACAAGGGCGGCUACGGCGGUGGCGGCGGCGGGUACUGCGACGUCUGCGGCCGGCCCCAGCAGCCGCAGGUUGUGUACAAGCCCGUGCCCGUGCCCGUCUACAAGCCCGUGCCGGUACCCGUCUACCAGGAGGCUCCCGUGUGCCACUCGUGCAACCAACCCCCACCGCCGUGCAACUCCUGCGGCGGUGGCUACAACCCUGGCUACGGCGGCAGCGGUGGGGGCGGUUCCUUCUCACAGUCGUCUUCGCAGUCAUCUUCACAGUCGUCGAGCUACGGCUGGGGGAAGAAGUGAAGAGUCUAGCGUCGUCGUCAAACGUGUCAUUUUCUACCUCUCCGGCGGAGAGCCCAGUCAUCAAUCACCAAGUCAUCAUGAUGGUCUCAUAUUAUUUCGUGUCAAUAAAAUCUGUACAGUAAUGUUUAAGUGCCAAACAACAA